AUAAACAUAUUGUAAAGGCAAACUGACAGGCAAAAGUCAAGGGAAAAUGUCUCAAGUUGCAGCAAAAGAUGAAAUCGACUUGUCGGAAAUGGAAAGUGUAGAGAAUCAGAUCCUUAAGGAUCGUCGCGAACAGGAAGCAAUGUAUUUCCAACUCUACAGUCGCCUUGAGGUUCAGGAAUGGUUGCUUAAGGACUCUGUUCGCAACAAGGCCUAUCGCGAAGCUAUACUCCACAACAAGUCUUUUAAGAAUAAGGUUGUGCUGGAAGUGGGUUGUGGCCUGGGCAUGCUUUCGAUAUUUGCGGCCAAGGCUGGUGCCUCUCGAGUCAUCGCUGUCGAUGGAUCCAGUAUCACGGAUUAUACUAGCCGCAUAGCCGAGGAGAAUGGUUAUGGGAGUGUAAUCACAGUAGUCCGUGGCAAGGUGGAGGAUAUAGAACUGCCUAAGGAUAUUCAGAAAGUGGACAUCCUUAUAUGCGAUUGGAUGGGUCACUGCCUCUUUUUGGAGAACAUGCUGGAAUCGUUGAUAUUUGCUCGGGACAAGUGGCUGGUGAAAGGAGGCCUCAUCUUCCCGGACUCGGCCCAACUCUACCUGACCGCCAUUUCCGGACAGGACCAAGAUCUUGGCUUCUGGCACGACGUCCAUGGCUUUGACUUGAGUGCCAUUCGUCGCAGAUGCGCCGGCAAGGCUCUGGUCGAGCACGUGACCACCGGCCAGGUGAUGAGCCGUGUGUAUUUGGUGAAGUCUCUGGACUUGUACGCCAUCCGGGAAGGUUCCUCCGUCUUCCGCUCCUUCUACGACCUGAAGGUCACGCGCAGCGGCCAGGUCCACGGCCUGCUCGCCUACUUCGAUGUGGGGUUCAGCAAGUGCCAGCGAUGGGUUAGCUUCAGCACGUCGCCCAGUGCUCCCUGGACGCACUGGAACCAGACGGUGUUCUACCUGGAGGCUCCACUGCCCGUGCAGGCAGGUGAAUCCAUCAAGGGCGUGUUUGGCAUACAACCGAGUGCCGAGAGCAUCUUCGACCUGGAGUUUGACAUAUACGUGGACUUUGAGGGGAAGGAGAAAUCGGUGACUAGCAAGCAGUCCUUCGUACUGUCGAGUACCCUUCAGCUGGGUGUGGCUUAAAGAGGGGUUAGAGAACCACACGGAAUAUUAUUUGAGUCACAAAAAAGAAACCCAGCAAAAAUAAAGCAAAAA